AGUUUGUAUAGUUUGAGAAGGGUUGUUAGUAUUCAACAAACAACAGCACAAGACACCAUCUAAUUCUAAGUUAACUAUUUCCAUGGCUUUAAGCUUUUGCUCCAACUCGGGGUCCUUUGAGCAUCAUCUCAGUCCAGAAAUCAUGAGCAGCUUCCAACAAAUACAUGAUCCGGAGAUGGCAGCAGAAGUCCUCAUGACUUUUGACGGCAAUUCUACUCUUGCAGACUUCGAUCCAUUGCUCGAUCCCAACGAGUUCUGCUACGCAGACAACUACAACAUUAAUCUCCUCCCAUACUGCUCUACCCCAUCAGAUUAUUUAACCUACUUCUCACCAGAAAGCUUUCCCCAAGAUGAACUCAGGUCCUACCAAUACCCGAAGCGCCAGAAGUACUUCAGCUGUGGAAAUUAUCAUAAUUACUCGGAUUUCGCUCCUGGUUUCUUCGAUGGCUAUCUCCCAAAUCCUGGUCUGCUUCCUGAGACACUGCCGGAAUUUCUCGCUCCACCAUUGCCGGUGGCAUCUUAUUCCUGCAAUCAACAUACUCCUGAGAGUUAUAUGAAGAAUCCCACUAGUAGAGUAAGCUUGUCUGCUCAGAGCAUUGCUGCCCGUGAAAGGAGAAGAAAGAUAACGGAGAAGACCCAGGAGCUUGGGAAGCGAAUUCCAGGAGGGAAUAAGUUGAACACAGCUGAGAUGUUCCAUGCUGCUUUCAAGUAUGUCAAGUACUUGCAGGCUCAAGUUUCAGUUCUUCAAAUCAUGGCGUCAGUUCAGGCCGAUAAAGAUCAACCAAUAAUGCAUGAUACGAAAGAACUCCAAGAUCAUCUUCUUGCAUCACCCCUUAUUCAAGAGAAGUUGUACUCAGAGGCCAAGUGCUUGGUUCCCAAACAAUUUCUUCAAACCUUAGCUAAUGAUCGUGAAAUCCAAUCAAAGCCAUUGAUGCUCAAGGACAUUCAUCAGUUGCUGCGAACCAAUGCCGCCUGAUCAUAACCCAUUAAUUAUAUAAUUAAUAUAAUGCUUGUAGCUUGAUUUGCAUGUUACAGAAGUUUAUUUUCGUUUCUCUAUUUUCCCUUAAUUAGUCUUUUUUUGUACUUUCUCUUAAUUCGUAUACGUAGUAUCCACUUUUACAGCUAGGUGCUAAUUACGUCUAAUGAUCACUUUCCUGUAAAUUUCUUAUUUCCAAGAGAUGUGUUAAUGUUUUC